AUGGCUACCCACGAAUCGAGCAACAACACGACAGCGUUGGCCGACGAUGUCCUCAACCUGGAGAGCUUCGGCUACAAGCAGGAGCUCAAACGAGACUUCUCACUGUUCGGCAUGAUCGGCUUCGCCUUUUCAGUCCUGACAUGCUGGACCGCGCUGGGAGGUUCUCUAGUGGCUGCCAUUCAAGCAGGAGGUCCGCCGGUCAUCAUCUACAGCUGGAUCGGCGUUUCCUUCUUCUCGCUCUUUGUGGCCUACUCAUUCGCCGAAAUCUGCAGUGCCUUUCCCGUGGCUGGAGGGCAGUACUCGUGGGUCGCCAUCUUGACGCCUCCGAAAUGGGCAAGACUCACCUCCUACUUAUGUGGCUGGUUCAUUGUCAUUGGUUUCUUGUCUGCUGGAGCUGCGAACGGUUUCAUUGGCGCCAGCUUCGUGCUCGGGAUGGCUCAGAUCGCCCAUCCAGACUUUGUGAUUGAGAGAUGGCACACAUGUCUGGUGUGCUACCUGGUCCUGAUACUAGCCGCUGCAGUCAAUGUCUGGGGCCGCCAUCUAUUGAACAAGAUGGGAAAGGUCAUGAUCACCUUCAACCUACUCUCCUUUGUGGUCGUUAUCAUCGUCAUGUUAGCCAAGGAUCACGAGAAGGCGAGCGCUGCGUUCGUUUUCAAAGACUUCAACAACAAUACCGGGUUUGGCAACUCGUACGCAAGCUUGUUGGGCAUCCUACAGGCAGCGUUUGGGAUGACAGGCUACGACGCAACAGCACACAUGACGGAAGAGAUGCGCAAUGCCAGGCAUCAUGCUCCGAAGGCAAUCAUCUGGUCGGUUUGGAUUGGUGCAUUCACUGGGUUCGCGUUCCUGAUUGCAUCGUUCUUCUGCAUCCGCAACCUUACAGAGAUCGAGACGUCCUCAACGGGUGUGCCUUUGAUCGCCAUAUUCUACGAAGCCACUGGCAGCGUGGGAGGUGCAAUUGGUCUAACCGUCCUGAUCACCAUCAUCGCCUUGGUCAGUUUGUGCUUCCUUAUGGCGCAAAGUUCGAGAGUUGUAUUCUCUUUUGCCCGCGACCAUGGACUGCCCUUUUCUGGGAUCAUCAGCAAGGUUCAUCCUACGCUGCACGUCCCCACCUACAGCAUCUUGACCGUGCUGGUGGUCAACAUGGCUCUAAUGGCGAUCUACUUCGGAUCGGUGACUGGAUUCAACACCGUGCUCGGAAUUUCCACGGAAGGCUUUUAUCUGUCUUACAUCAUGCCACUCCUCGUUCGCAUUUGGGGCCGACUGCAAGGACGAGAGGAAAUCGACAGUGCCUAUUCCCUUGGUCGCUUCGGCAUGCUCUUCAACAUUAUUGGCAUUGCCUACCUCACGUUCGCCGCUGUCGUCUUUAACUUCCCGUCAGUCAGCCCUGUUAAUGCCGACAACAUGAACUACACUUCGGCUGCUGUCGGCGUCUGCGGUCUGAUUGCGGCGAUUACAUGGGUGACGACUGGUCGUACUCAUUUCACAGGUCCUCAGAGAGGUGGAAUCUUGGACGGAACGGUGGCCAGGCUCGACGACGACGUGCAUCAUGUCAAGCCUGCCGCGACCUCCAAGAAUCUCGAGGACUAA